GAUUUUGAAUUGAUUUUUGUUUUUUGUUUUGAAAUUCUUUUUCUUCACUUGGAACGUGAAUAUUCUUAAUAAUUUUGUGCUCAAUUCAAUAAAUAAAUUGUGAAUAUAAAAAAAAACAUGACAAAACAAACGCCUGCCAUCGUUAUUGAUAAUGGAACAGGUUAUACAAAAAUGGGAUAUUCCGGUAAUCGUGAACCAAAUUUUAUAAUACCAUCAGCAAUAGCUAUAAAAGAAACAUCAAAAGUUGGUGAUCAAGCAUCAAGACGUUUAGCACGUGGUGUUGAUGAUUUAGAUUUUUUUAUCGGUGAUGAAGCAUUAGAUUCAACUGGAUAUUCAGUAAAGUAUCCAAUUCGUCAUGGAAUUGUUGAAGAUUGGGAUCUAAUGGAACGUUAUUGGGAACAAUGUAUAUUCAAAUAUUUACGUGCAGAACCUGAAGAUCAUUAUUUUCUAUUAACUGAACCACCAUUGAAUACACCAGAAAAUCGUGAAUAUACUGCCGAAAUUAUGUUUGAAACAUUUAAUGUGCCUGGAUUAUAUAUUGCUGUACAAGCUGUAUUAGCAUUGGCAGCAUCAUGGACUAAUCGACAAGUUGGUGAACGAACAUUAACUGGAAUUGUUAUCGAUUCAGGUGAUGGUGUUACACAUUGUAUUCCGGUUGCUGAAGGUUAUAUUAUUGGAAGCUGUAUUAAACACAUUCCGAUUGCUGGACGUAAUAUUACAUAUUUUAUACAGAAUUUACUUAGAGAAAGAGAAUUCGGUAUACCGGCUGAACAAUCAUUAGAAACAGCUAAAGCGAUCAAAGAACGUUUCUGUUAUGUAUGUCCUGAUAUUGCCAAAGAAUUUGAAAAAUAUGAUAAAAAUCAAUCAAAAUGGAUUAAAAAAUAUACGGGCAUAACUGCAAUAACGAAACAACCGUUCGAAGUUGAUGUCGGUUUUGAACGUUUUCUUGGACCUGAAGUUUUUUUCAAUCCGGAGAUUGCCAAUCCUGAUUUUGUUACAUCAUUGUCGGAUAUUGUUGAUACUUGUAUUCAAAAUUGUCCGAUCGAUGUACGACGACCACUUUAUAAGAAUAUCGUUUUAUCCGGUGGUUCAACAAUGUUCAAAGAUUUUGAUCGUCGUCUACAACGUGAUAUUCAACGUUUAGUUAAUCAACGAAUGAAAUUAAGUUAUCAAUUAAGUCAAGGACGUCUAAAUCCAACACCAAUCGAUGUACAAGUUGUAUCACAUAAUAUGCAACGUUAUGCUGUUUGGUUUGGUGGUUCUAUGCUUGCAUCAACACCAGAAUUCUAUUCAGUAUGCCAUACAAAAUCACAAUAUGAAGAAUAUGGACCAUCAAUUUGUCGCCAUAAUCCUGUUUUUGAUGAUCAUCAUUUUCAUGAAAGUCAAAUUCCACCACCAUAUCAACAACCAAAUCAAGAUGAUAUAAACAAAAUGUUGAUUAAAGUAUUUGAAAUGAUUGAUAAUAAUGAUGAUAAACAAGUUGAUUCGGAUGAAUUGAAACAAUGGUUAGAUAAAAUACAUAAUAAUUUAAUUAAUGAUAAUGUUGAACAACAAUGGUUAUAUUAUUCACCACCAUUACAAGAAGUACAUAGUUGGGAAUCAUAUGACCCGGAAAAAAAAGAAGCAUUAUCAUGGGAUCAUUAUUUGAAUUCAACAUAUACUGAUGAUGUUGUCAAAGCAUAUCAAACGGAUGCAAAUAUCGAUGAAUACAAAUCGGAUGAUCCAAAUUUUAAAACCUAUUUUAUUAUGUUAAAACGUGCUGAACGUCGUUGGAAAUAUGCUGAUAAAAAUAAUGAUACUGUUUUAAUAAAAGAAGAAUUUAAAUUUUUUUUACAUCCAGAAGAAUCUGAACAUACUAAACAUUUGUUGGUUGAAGAAGCAAUGGAAGAUAUGGAUAUUAAUGGUAAUAAAGAAAUUACUUUGGAAGAAUAUAUGAAACAUAUGAAUGAAGUUUCACCUGAACAAGAUAAACAAGAUCCAAAUUUUGAAUCGAAUCAUCAAUCACAAUUUCAAACAUAUCUGGAUAAAAAUAAAGAUGGUAAUCUUUGUAUGAAUGAAUUAACUGAAUGGCUUAUACCAAAUUUUGAUCGUCAUGAAGCUGAAUCACAACGUAUGAUACAAGAUACUGAUAAUGAUCAUGAUCAAAAAUUAAAUGAAAAAGAAUUAUUACAAAAUAAUCAAUAUUUUUUAAGUUUAAUACCGGGUGAAAUGUGGAGACAAUAUUCGAAUGCUGGUGCUGAAUCCGCAACUGCUUCUUCACAUGAUGAAUUCUAAAAUGAUCAUCCAUCAGUUUCAUUCAUUCGUUUUCUGACCAAUCUAUCUAGCUGCCAGGAAAUUAAACAAACAAACGAAAUUUUAUCCAAAAAACUCAAAAUUGUUU